AUGUUGUUCUGGAUAUUCUUUAUUGUCGUCGGCUUAACCGGUAAGGUCUGACAUUGCAGGGGAAUAUGUAUUGUUUUAGUGGCCGAAGAAGAUCCCGAGCUACGGGGUAACAAACUGGUCAUGGUGACGGAUCCAACAACACCAACCACUCCGACCACGCCUACUACUCCAACUACCCCAACAACUCCUACUACUCCGACGACACCGACUACUCCGACCACUCCGACAACGCCAACUACACCGACAACCCCUACUACCCCCACAACCCCCACUACGCCAACCACACCAACGACUCCCACCACGCCAACAACGCCUACAACUCCUACGACGCCGACAACUCCAACUACACCAACCACACCAACAACACCUACCACUCCCACUACCCCCACCACUCCUACAACUCCGACUACCCCUACAACACCAACUACCCCUACUACUCCGACGACACCGACCACUCCGACAACGCCAACUACACCGACAACGCCUACUACCCCAACAACGCCCACAACUCCGACUACACCGACCACACCGACGACUCCGACAACUCCUACCACUCCUACAACUCCGACUACACCUACUACACCAACCACACCGACAACUCCAACUACCCCAACAACGCCGACAACUCCGACGACACCCACAACUCCAACAACACCCACCACGCCUACUACCCCUACGACACCGACAACUCCGACUACACCAACAACACCUACCACCCCCACUACUCCCACUACCCCCACAACUCCAACAACCCCUACUACUCCUACAACCCCUACCACCCCAACAACUCCAACUACUCCUACAACUCCCACCACGCCUACAACCCCUACUACUCCAACCACUCCAACAACUCCAUCACGUAAGUAAAUUUCUCCUCGAAAGUGCAUGAAAACCCGCCUCACGGCAACCAAGGGACUCUUCCGUCUCGUUUCGGCGCUUCGCCCGCCUAGUAUCGGUCGAAUUCAAACGAAAUGUCAAGAGCAAAUUUUCCGUGUGGUUUUCCGACCGAAAAAUAUUUUUCUCGGAUGUAUUUUAUUUCUUUUGCCAAUUUUGACACUUCGUUUGGACGAAAUUCAAAAGUGGGCCGGAGACAUUUUUCUUCCAUUUUGGGUUGCCGUGCGCCUCUGCCUUUACCAAAAAGGACCGUUUAUUUUCAGAAAUGUGCGUCGACGGCGCUACAAACUGCGCUGACUUCAAGAGCCAAUGCGGAACCCCAAAAAUGCAGACAUACUGUAAGAACACCUGUGGUCUCUGCGCCUCGAGUUCACCUAAACCUCAGCCAACCAAAGGUAACAGGAGAAAUCUCUGACCUUUAUAUUGCUAUUCUUUCUGCAUACAAAAGCGAAAAUGUUUUAGAAUGCAAUGACGGCGCGACCAACUGUGCCGAUUUCAUAAGUCAGUGUGGUACGCCCAAGAUUCAGGAGUACUGUAAACAUACUUGUGGACUCUGCGGGUCCAGCCCUGCACCCCCUGCACCGCCUUCCUCGAGUAAGUUCAAGCAAAAAAAAAUUAUUGUCGCUUUAGAUUUCCGGUCAAUAUCAGGAAAUAAAAAUCGGGAAAUUUUUUUGGUUCACCUGAAUAUUACAAUGACGGACCUGAUCCAGUGGCAAAAAACGAGCCAUUUUGUAUCCGGGAAGUCUCAAAAAUGUGGCAAAAUACCUCCCUCUCCAAGUUAAAAGACUCCAGUUUCAAGAACCACUCCUUUUUGUGAGAAAAAGGGCGGUCUUCAAAACGGAGUUUUUUAAUUGCAGAGGGAGGCAUUUUGCCACAUUUUUGAUACUUCGCUGAUGCAAAAUGAAAGUUUUUUAGCACUCCAUUAGGUCCGCCGCCGUAUACGUAUAUUUCAGUCAGAUAUUCCGACUUUUUCAGGCUGCGUCGACGGAGCCACCAACUGUGCCCAAUUCAGCGGACAAUGCGGAACACCAAAGAUGAAGACCUUCUGCAAGAAGACAUGCGGCGUAUGCUAA